AGCGCAUGCGCUGUACCUAGAUGUCCUUUCCUCCGUUUAAACGGUGUAAUCUUUCAACUGCCGCCGCCCGCAUCUUUCACAUUGGCCAAUGAGAAGGCGAGUGGGGCGGGUCGAGUUUUUUUUUCCCCCUUCGCCUCGGCCUGCUCCACUUUUCAUUGGUUUAAAGGCUGACAGUCGUUUGGGUCGGGAUUUGAUUUGAAGGAAAGUAGUUACAGUAUUGAGCCCGAGCAGGGGCAGAAGGUACUUUGUCUUCGAGGAAAGGGGGUUUGCGCUGGAGCAGUUGAGUAUUUCUUUCCAUAACGAGAGUGUUUACUUAGUGUGGACACAGAAGACCACGUCGCGUGAUUACCCCGCCCUCUAAAGUGCAUUCGAUGCUUUACUGGUGUACAUAGGUUUGCGAAAGGACAAAUCUUUAUUCCGGAUUAUUUCAUUCCGGAAUAAAAACUCCUAUCUUUUGUGUAAAACCAGACACCGUAUACACACGGUGACCGGGAAAGCUAUCGUAAAGCCCGGAGCAAAAAACAACGAGGUGUCUUGUGGCACCUUAAAGACUUUACCAGAUUUAUUACCAUAAACUUUCGUGGACUGUAGCCCACAUCAUCGGAUGCAUAAAGUGUUCAACUCAGUUACACGCUGAGGCAGCGAGCAGCUUUUGUUUUUGGUUUGCUGCCCCAAACACUAAUCAGUGUUUGAGUACCGGCACUUUUCUUGUUGCAAUGGUGCACAUGAUGUUGGGGGUUGUAAACAGUGAAGAAAGAGGGAAAUGAAAAGUUUUUCAUUUAUCUGAUGAGGUGUGGACUGUAGUCCACAAAAACGCAAACCAUAAUAAAUAGGAUUGACUUUAACGUUGCUGCAAAAGACAAGUAAUCUCUAGAUUAUUAGUUCAUCCUUCCUGGUGGGAAGAAUUUCCUGUUGCGUAUGCACCAAGAAACUGAUGGCCCCAUAUGAAUCACCAAACGCCUAAUAUUGGGUCUCCCUAUAUGCAGUAAAAAUACAUUUGCCCUUUACCAUGUGAAGUAGGCUAAGGAACAUUAUACAUUCUCUACUGCCAGAUAAAGGGAGGGACAGUAUAAAAGAAUUAUAGUUACCUGCCUCAAGCCUUUGGCAAUAAAGCUUAAUACAUUCAUGCAGGAAGGGGUGGAGAUGGGAACACACCCAUCAUUCUCACUCAGCACAUGGGAUGUGCUCAUCAGAAAGCAUGCUUACCUGGUGCAUCAAGGAAGCUUGAUAUUGUCUAGCAGCAAGGCUGCAUCUGAGUACAGCUAAAUAUAUAUAUGAAGAGAUACAAGGCGUGUUAUGCUUUGGAUGCCAGUUUACAUAUAUCAGCCAUAGUUUAUCUUACAAGUGUAUAAACAGACCAGAGCUUGAGUUCAAAUACCUGCUCAGCCAUGAAACUACUGUGUGACCUUGGGCCAGUCACAUUCUCUCAGUCUAACAGGGUUGUUGCAAGGAUAAAUUGGGAGAAAGAAAAACCAUUUACACCACUUUGAGCUACUUGGAUAUAAAUGCAAUAAAUAAAAUAAUCAUGUACUAACUAAGAGUUUUAGCAAAAAUAUUAUUUUUUUAUAAGCAAGUGGAAUAGAGCAGUCUGACUCUGUCAUGCAUACCUUACACAGGAUGCUGCAAAACAAGCCUCUGCUUGCACCUCCGCGGGUGCUGAAGGGAUAUUAUCAGGAUGCCUGUGUUUCCUCCUCCUGCUUUCCUAAACUAUGUCAUUGACGUUUUUAAUUCCUAGUGCUUAAGAAACUGAGCUUCCAUGUGUAAAGGGACUCCUCAUAAGAAGAUUCUAAUGAACUAGAAUACAAAACAAAGUAAUUAUGGAAAAUACCUUUGAGGAUUUUCAAAUGAAUGCACAGCGUCUCCUCCUCCCUUUGCAACUCCCUCUUAGCCAUGCUAACGUGAAACAUUCCUAGAGAUUGCCUGUCUAGAUAAUUUAUAAAGAUUUCAGGAUGCAAACAUUUGCUUUUGAUCUUAAGAAGCAGUAACAGAUGAUGGCCAUGAUAAUAGUAAAUAAUUAACUUGCAUGGACCUUCCCAUAUAAAUAAUUAAAAGUCUCCACUGUGUAGGUGGAAUAAACAGAUUUAAGACAUUAAAGGCUUCAGAAGAAAUCCAAUACCCAUUCGAAAUACUCCUUCAUAGGUCCCAAUGAAAACAAAAGUUAGUUGUUAAGUGAGACUAGGCUCAUUCUGACAUUCCCACCCAGGACUGGAAAAUGAUGGCUUGUUACUCUAUAUUCCCUUUGUGAUCCCACUGAACAAUAGCAGGAUGAAACCAGAAUAAUAAAUAGCAAGGUGUCUUGUUGCAUUUAUAAAGAUACUGUGCUACUCCAGUUUUCUAGGCUCAAUAUAAGGUUACAGCUUAUGUAAUUAAAUAUAUCCACUAUGAAAAGGCAUUGCUGUGUCUGAGUCUUAACUGUUUGGUAGUAGGCAACAGAAAAUGUUCCAAGAAUUUUGCUAUUAUACUGGUUGCCUAGGAAAUUAGCCAGACAUUUGCCUGUGAUGUGUAAGUAUAAAGGAGCAUUGUCAAUUUAACGAUUAAUAUUUUCUGUACAAGUAUAUGUACUGUUUCUGUUUUAUAGAUGUAAUGGGAAAUGAGCAGGAUUUGUGUAUUGAAAGAUGCGGGGGGCAGGCAUGAAAUAAAUAUUUAAGGUGUAGUAAUUUAAAUUCUGUUUGCCUGUUUACAUGCAUUUGCCAGAGGGUAUAUAACAAGCUGUAACUUAGACCCCAAAGCAGUUUAGACUCUAGCAAAGUUGUCCAGCAUUUGACAAAUGCUUGAUGUUCCGAGGUACUUUGGUAGCCAAGCAAAAUGUGUUGGUUUGCAUAUAUAGAAACUAAUAAAUGGCUAGUUCAUGUAAACUAACCCAAAGCCAGACCUCUAGGGGUGAGGAGUAAAAUUAUACUUCAAAUGCACUUUUCAUUUUAGAAUAUACACAGAAGUAGAUCUACGGAUAUCCCAAGCCAUUCAGAGUUACAUAAAGAGUGCUCUUUUGUCCAGUUAAUGUAAAAUUUGGAGCUAAUAAAAAUUUAUCUGGGGAUGCAGGUUAGUCAGCGUUUUCUGUUUGAAAAAAGUGCCUGGGACAAAAAAAGAAAUCCAUUUUUUUUAUUUCAGUGGAUUUACCUCAGACAAGAGUAUAUAGGAUUGUCUUGAUAAAAUACCACCAGAUGUUCUCUCUUACUUCCCUUUUUAAUGUUCACAUUGAAACCUUGCUGUCUCAAAUAAGGACAGGGCUUGCACAUUGUUAAUCCAUAGCUGUAUGGAAGGCAGCAACUUUUCAUCCCGGUGGUGAAGUACUAUUUGUUUGCAUCCAAAACUCAGUGUUCAUGAGCCACUGAUAAAUUUCAAAUAGUGGAGGUGUAGUUCAGCAAAACAUGCAUAUUUUUGAAAUGUAGGGAGGUUUCUGGGACUAAAUAAUUACCAAGACUUCACCCCAAAAGGAGCUUAUAACAGGGUAGCCCUACAUUCAGGUAGCCCUACAUUCAGGUGGAUAAGGGAACUGAUUUUUGCUCCACAUUGCCAACACCUCAGGAAUAGCAGUAGCCUUAGUUAAGCUGCAGCUAACUGGCACUAUUGAUUGUGGAUAUAAUUUUCCUUCAUCCUAGGUUAGAUCCUUAGGCAACCCCAAAGAUUUUAAUUGCAUUAAUUAUAAGUAGUACUGUAUGUGAAAUGGACUCCAGAAAGUUUUAGAGUAUGGAAAAGGAAGACUUACAAGUUUAUUGUACUGUUUUAUUUAGUUAAGCUAAUGUGCAUGUUCUCUCAAAUCUUUCAGAAUUUGAAAGCUGACAUUCAGUGAAAGUCAUAUUGAAUAUGCUCAGAAUAUGAGUAGGUAUUGUAGGUAAGAACAGUCUAACUGUAUGAAGGCUAAGCCAAUAAUAUAGUAUUUGAUAUGCUUUACCCUGAAGACAAUACCGAUGAUGAGCAAGAAGAUCUGCCUUAUGAUGGAGAUCUACAAAAUACAUAUCAACACAAGUGUGAUUCCCAAAACCUAGAAAAUUCCACUUGUGUAGAAGAUGGAUCUCAGCAUGUUUUCACCUUGACACCUUCUCACAUGAGCUGUCAUUCAAAAGAAAAAUCAGACUGCAAAACACAACUGCCUGAAACAAAAAUAAAUCUGGCAACAUUGCAAAGGGAAAAUGACAUGGAAUCUCCCAAGGCAACAGAGAAGGAGUUACUUGCUUGGGAUGUUAACAGUUUAGGAAGAAAUCAACAUCUAUCCAACUCAAACAUUUCAGAUGUCCUUUUACGCCAUUUUCCCCAAGACGAAUUAUCAAGUUUGUGCCAAUUGAUUGAUUCUGAGACUCUCCCAGAGAUAUCAUUUACUGAAAGUUUUGAUGAAACUAUCCUAAAUAAAAUUAAGAUUUCAGAAAGUACAAUAUCUUUACCAAAGGAAGAAGGAAAAAAUCUUGAAUGCUGUAAUUCAGAAAGAGAAGUAAAAUUUGAAUCAGCUGACAAAAAUUGGGAUUUGACUGAAGUUAAGGAGUUUGUAAUGGAUAAAAGUGUGAAUCCCAUUUGUGACAGAAAAGAUUGUAAAGAAGAUAAUCUUCAACUUGUAAUUGAGAAAGAACAUGCAAUUAAUGAAGACUUCCAUUAUUUCUCAACCCCUAAAGAAGUGUACCAAGAGCACAAAUAUUUUCUGGAAACAACUUCGCAUAAUCUCAAAAAUGGUCAACGUCAGGUUCAUUAUCAGCUUCCUGAUUUUUCUAAGGUUGCUCCAAAGGUCAAAAUACCUAAAGGAAAAAAUAGCAACUCAUGCCCUAUACCUAAAAAGACCACACACACCCCAAAUUUGCUUGGUAAAUCAGAAGUUGUGAAAGAUGUUUUAGAAGUGAUGAAUUCUUUGGACUCUGUUGCAACCAAGAAUGAAGAAAAGGGAAUUAGCACACCUGAACUAGACCAACAACUAGAGGUAGAUAAGAGGUGAUAUUGCACAUAAUUGGAAUUGCCAUUGAUAGCCAAGCACAAUUUUGGGUGUAUUUAUUAUGCCUGUAACAACUCAGCCAGCCACAGAUUUCUGUGUGUCUCUAGACACUGGUUUGUGCAACACACUAAACUUUGACUUAGUGGGACCAUGAAAAUGGAUGAACUCUUAGAAAGAACCAGCAGCUCCUUUGCUGCCACACUGAUUUCUUAGCAUUUCAUCCAAAGUAGGGCUCUCUCCUCAUUAAGCAUGAGCUUACAGCAAACUAGUCCAUAAACUGAAUGCCUACCUUUUAUUUUUUUGUUAAAUGUAAAACCAAAAACCAGGGAGACUCCACUAAUCUGUGGAGGCAACCCUAAGCAUGCUUUUUCUAAUGAGAAAACCAUAUGAGCAUAGUGAGAGUUAAAGGUAGAGGAAUAAAUAUUAGCUGGCAUGCAAAGUGAAGAGUGCAGCCUAAUACCUUACAUUUGUGCUGAAGAAUUUACCUGUGGGCUGGGAUUGAAAGGAGACCUACUGCAAAUAGGAAGCACUUCUACCCAUAAAAGGGUCAUUCCAUGAUUUCUGCUGGUUCCCCACUCUAUGUGCCAUGCCCCAAACAGUUCCAGAGGUUCCCUGGCCAGCUUUUUGGAAUUUCAGGGGACUAUAUUGGAAAGGAUGAUAAUGGCAGUUGUUAAGAUCCAAGCCAUUACCUCCAGUCUAACCAUCCUGCAAUAUGCACUGAUUGGGAAACUUCUACCAACCUGAGUUUUCCAAGGGUAAUAUAUCCAGAAAAACAUUUGUUAUCUUCUUAGAUGGUGGUAUACACAUGAUCCUAUGUAAGAAAAACUUAUUGAAACUUGAUUAUAUCUAUUUCUUGCAUAGUAUUGUAUAUCAUUUUGAUUAUGUAUACUGCCUUGUUAAUAUUGGCACGGAAGAAAUUAUAGCAAUAAGAUAUUUCCUCUUCAUUAACAUAAGCCCCUUUCAGGUAACCAUCUGUAUGUGAUCUCUUAUAUGUAUAUAUUUUAAUUCUAGUCCUGUUGUUAAAUUAUUGAUUUUUAUAUGUUUUUAGUUGUUUCUAUUUUAGUUGUGAUCGGUCUAUAUACUCUCAUUAUGAGAAAAGGUGAUAUUAUUAUUAUUAUUAUUAUUAUUAAUGAGCCCAAGCACCAGUUUGGAUCCCAGACUGCAUUUUCUACCCUAACCUUAUCCUUUGCUCAUAGCACUGCUUCCUGGCCCAAUAUCUAUAUUUUCCUUUCAGAUGCAUUAUCACCAUUAGCCACUUUUUCCAGAGUUCCCAUUAUAUCCAGCACUCAUCUCCCAGUGUAAGAGCAUCCAGUAUCUCCUGAGCCUACCUUCUCUAUGAGGAUUUUCCUGGCCAAUUUUUUGUUUUCUUUACAGUGCUUACUCUAUUUGAAUAUAGAUUUUUCCUAAGCAGCUAGAACAUUAAUGAAUGACCUUGGCUAUGGGAAAAGUAUUGCUCACAGUCAAUUGCUAUUUUUGCUUUCCAUAUACAAUAUAUGUUUAUUGUUUUCUCUUUUUUAUAUCUAUUGAAAUAAUAGCUACUGACAAAACAAGCUGAAGCUCAGAAUCAUAUUGAUCAUCUAAGAUUUAAUACAAAGGUAAGUCUCCUAUAUUUUUUCUGAAUACAAAUGUUUUGUUUAUGCAUGCAUGGUAUAAUGCAUUGCAAGCACAUUCUGUAUUCUUUUCAGUGUCUGUUUAAAACAUGUGCAAGGCUGCCCUGACAUGUAGAAAAUACAUGUGUUUUAUCUCUUUUUAGCUACUAUUGAUUUAAAUCUUUUUAUAUAUUAUUCACUUUUUAUACAGAAUUUUAAUGCUUUAUUUUAUAUUUUGUAAACCACUUAGAGGUUUUCUUGUAGUCAAACAGAAUGCAGUUCUUGUUAAAUAAAUAUGCAUACUUUCAUACUGUGGUUUAUUUAUGUCUCUGCUUCAGUAUUUUAUGGAAUAUAGUGUGCUCACUCUUCCUAGAGCAGAUGCACUGGAACAAGCUAAUUUUCCUUGGGUAUAGCUGGUAUAAACAGUAACCCUAGUCCAUGGCUAUGUUUGAACAACCCUAGUGAUGACUCCUCUUUUCCACCACCCAACUUCAAUGACCUAAGAUGUCUCAUCAAUUUGCUAUGUAUUUUACCUUGUUUGUGUAAACCCUGAAAAUUCCAUUGAAGAGUGGUAUAUUCAUCUUUUAAAUAAAUUAAAAUAUACUGGUGUUUGGAUAUCGCUUGACUAAUUUUACCAAUUUAUUGUUUGUGCCUGUGGAUGCUUGGGGUGGGGGUGGGGUAUCAUAAAGAGAAAGGCAAGUGAAUGUUUUUAUUGUGGGUGCUGAUUUUGUACUUCACAAUGAGUUUUUGUAUAUUUUAACAGAUACCUCCUUGCUCAAAUCAAAAUAGACCAAAUCCUGGCAUUAAAUCAGAAAGUCCUGGAAUAACUACAGAAAUGUCUACAGUUCUACCUGUAACAGUCCCUGUGAAGCCCAUGGUUGGUUUCUCCCAGUCACCUUUCUCAGGUAGUUCAAAUGGACUAUUCAAAUACUUAGAAUACAAUUAUUAUUUUACUUGUAUAGCCCUCCAGAAGUUGUUUAACUACAACUCCCUGACCAUUGGACUAAGCUGACGGGAACUGACGGGAACUGGAGCGCAUCUGGAGGGUCUCAGCUUAAGCCACCGCUAUUCUGCCUGUUUGCUGUUGUACACUAUAUGAAGGAAAUAGCAUACAGAUCACAUUAGCACUUUUGUCAUAUUGUUCUGUAGAACUGCCGUCGCAAAGAAUGAUCUCACCAUUACCCUCAGCUGAUGCAGCAAGACAAUCAUCUGGGAAUCAACGUCUGUUGCAAAACGUUACAGAAGAAGAAAAGCUUUUUCAGAUGUUAAAGGAACAGUCAAAAGAGCUAAAAUCAAAAGUAAUACAAAUAGUUCUAUUUUAAAUACAAUAUAUAUUUGAAACAAACACCUUGUUUUUCUUAAUACUCCAUCUGAAAGCUUAAAUGAAAUGCAUCCCUUUUUCUUAAAGGUGGAAACAUUUUCUAACUGUCUUACACAGGAUGUAUUCCCAGUGGAAGAACGCCAUCAGGUGAAUACCUUUUUUUUGUGUUUGAAAACAAAAUUGUUUCAUUUUAAAACUCUGUUUUUGAAAAACAAUUUGUAAAAAUAAAAUGUAUAAAAUCUAGAAUAGCAGCACUAUUCUCUACAUCUUAUACUCAGAAUAAAGUAUAAAAAUUGCUGUUUAAGUCAGUUAAAAUUACUUUCCAUUGAAAUAAGUGAGACAGGUGAGUCACGACUUACAUCUCAUAGAUUUAAAUGGGAACUAAGUUCAGUUACCUUAAUCUGUGCUUAAUAAUAAAUCAUUUUCAUCAUCUCAGAAUCAUAUGAAGUUGUAAUAUCAUACUCUCUCUACAAGUUUGUACAGGAGAUGCGGUUAACCUAUGGCCCUCCAGAUAUUGUUGGUUUACAGCUUCCAUCAUCCCUGACCAUUGAUUGCUGAGAGAUGAAUUCCAACAUAUGAAAGGGCACUGAUUAGCCACCCCUGCUGUUUAGGACUGCAGUCUUAAUGGAGCAGUUUUAUGACCACAGGUCUUGCUAUAAAGGCAAUUAUAGUUUGAAUAAAUUCCUUCAAUUACCUUAACUCCUAAAUUACCUUCAGAAUUAACUGGGAGAUUUUCCUGAAGGGGAGUGAAGGCAUUUGUUUAAGUAUACCCUGCAGGCCACAGAUGUAAAGCACCCGUAGAUUAAGAUUAAUCAAAUUUCUUAGUUGCCUACUGCAAAAGAAAUCUCUGGGCGGCUUAAAAGAAAUUUACAAAAACUAUUUCAACAUAAUAAGUAAUGAUACUUACAUAAAUUGUAUACCCCAAAGCGGCACCUCAUUCACUUCUGCAGAGUAGGCAGCUCCAUAUGCAUAUUUCUUCCACAGAAUGCUACCUGCACAGACAUACAGAGUUCUUGGUAGAGCAGUACUGUUUGAGUGCAACAUCUUGACAAAACAGGCAUUCAGUUAAAUAUAAAAAACGUUUUAAAAGACUGGUGUAAACUACUUUAGCUAUUCAUGUUAUGUUUAUCUUGUUAUGUUUGAAGCUAUUGCUGUGUCCAUGGAAUGUUUAAGGACAGCACUGAAUAUUUCAAUUACUAAUCUAUGGAAAAAUUGUCAAAUAACACCAAGGUUACAAAUUUUGUUUGUGAAGCUUUUAAGGCUUUUAAAGGAGCAACUAGACAAGCUGGAAUGGAAUUAUUUAGCCACGAAGGAGAAACAUUGUACAUUUCGGCACCAACAUCCCACAUACUCAUCAAUGAGCAUCGGAGAGUUUGAUCCUAACAGGUCAAGUAUUUUUUUAAAAAACAAUAAUACACUAAUAAUAUAACCAUUUUAAAAAAUCUUACAUUUUAUGUUAAAAAAUUAUUGGGACGCACAUCAAAAAUUACUUUACGUUUGGUCACCCACCAAUUCUCUCCUGCAAAUGCCUCCCAGGCUGAUACAAGAAAUAAGCCCAGUCGUGGUGAAAACAGAGUGCAUCCCUUUCCUAUCAGUUCACCCUUAAAAAUGCCUGCCACAAGUGUUACAACAAAUGUGGGUUUUGGAACAGGACUUAAGGAAGCUAUCUUAUACUGUACUGAGUCAGACCAUUGGUCCAUCUCUAACUCAAUAUUAUCUACAUAUAAUAGCAGCAGCUUUCCAGGGUUUCACAUGGGAGAUGCUGGGGAUUGAACCUAGGAACUUUUGCAUGCAAAGCCUGUAUUCUACCACUGAACCAUGGCCCUCCUUGCAUGGCUCCCCCCAUUGUUUGUCCUCCAUGUAUAUUAAGAGUCUUGCAAAUAUGAAACAGCAAUUCCAGACAUACAGACUGGCAUUGGAUUACUCUAUGAGGUGGUAGGGAGGAAGGCAACAUCCAUUAACUCACUAUUGAUGGUUUUCUGAGUAAGUUUUCUGAGUAAGGCAAGCUGGGAGUAAAACGAACAAGUGAUCCAUCCAGAUGGGACAAGGAAUUUGCAGGAAAGUCUGUGCAGAAGGAUCCUGUACAUGGAAAUAUGACAUUGGGCAGAGGAGUGAAGGCUAGAUAGUUGUGCUCCUUCCCAUUCACCUCUCAAUGUGUAACUAUGUCUGACAUGUGUCACUACAUGCAGCUUCCCUGCACAUGACAUUAUUAAUAACGAGCCCUUUUCUAUCUGCAUCCAACCUUAAGAUGUGGCUAGCAGCACUCACCUUUUUCAUGAUUGCAACCCUUAUUUUGAAGUUCAAACUUCACCGUACUCAGUGUAUGUUAAACAUUGUGGGUUGCAUCCCGUGCUGUGCCAGUGGGAUUCUGCUGGUACAAUGGGACUUCCCCAACCCUCCUGAGCUGAUUGUGAGGGCAUGCAGGAGGCUGGAAGGGUCAAGAGAGGAAGAGAAAGUUCUGCUACAUGCACAAAAAUCCAUUGCGCCAGUGGAGCUGCAGUGUCGGAUAUGGCCUUUUAAAUACUGUGAUUUUUGACAUUUCAUUUCCUUACCGAGCCCAUUGUAUCUCUAAUACUAUAAUGAUAAGAACAAGAAGCAUGUAUCAAUAUUAUAAUGUAACUUUGUAUCUUAUAUUAUUUGGAUUUAGAAAAGUAGAGGGGGAAAUAUUUAAGCUUGGGAUGCUGCUUGAAGAUAUCAAAGAGAAAAUUGAUAAGACUGCCUGCAGCCCACGUUCCUCUGCUUUUGUAACAUCACCAUCAUGCACACCUUGUGAAUCUGCUUCUCCCUAUUCAAGUCGUUCUGAGGUAAACCAUUAAGUCCCAAUAAAUAACAAAGCAUAUUGUUUUAUAUCACAUUAUCUUCACUGAGAUUGCAUGAUUGAAUUAUGUAAUAGUAGAGUGGCAAUACAUGCACUCAAAAUGUAGCAAUACUAUCAUAGUGCCACACCCCUCUAAUUCACCAGUCCCAUUUCACUGGAUUUUCAGGUUUUGAAAGUUUUCAGGUUUAGACCUUCUGAGUUUCUGUCUCCUCCACAGGAUCAUGCAAUUUAGCUUUAAGCUAACAACAGGCCUUUGGACCUCUUCCAGAUAUGUAUAUAUCAAAAUGUGCUCCUUGGGAUGACAGUUGCUAAAUUGUAUUGAAAUAUUAUUUUCCUGGUUUAGCUGUUUUGUAUCAACUUACAAUGGCUUCCUGGGGUAUGCUUAAACUUAUCAGACAUCAUUUCUAGCUAUGAGCCUGUGUGUUAAUACAUUACCGUAGUUGCACAAGACUCUUCAGUCUAGAGGCGGUAGCUAAUUAAUCCUGGUUUUUAGAUGUUUUGUACACAUUUAGACUUAACAUGUGGAUUCCUUCUAUUUCAUUAGGGAAGAAAUUACUUCAAAACUAUGAACUUCUCAGAAUAAUAGAAUUGUGGAGUUGGAAGAGACCCCAAGGUUCAUCUAAUCCAACCCUCUGCAAUGUAGGAAUCUCAACUAAAGCAUACAUGACAGGUGGCCAUCCAACCUUGGCUUAGAAACCUCCAAGAACAGAGAGGCCACCACCUCCUGAGGGAGUCUGUUCCACUGUCUAACAGCUCUGUCAAAAAGCUCUUCCUGAUGUUUAGUCAGAAUCUACUUUCUUGUAACUUGAAGCUAUUGGUUCGGAUCUUAGCCUCUGGAGCGAGAAAACAAGUUUGUUCCAUCUUCCAUGUGACAGCCCUUCAGAUAUUUGAAGAUGGCUAUCAUGUCUACUCACAGUCUGUUUUCCAGGCUAAACUUAUCCAACUUCCCCAUAAGGCUUGGUUUCCAAACCGUUUAACAUCUUGGUUGCCCUCUUCUGCACACAUUCCAGCUUGUCAAUAUCCUUCUUAAACUGUGAUGCCCAGAACUGGACACAGUAUUCCAGGCAUGGUCUGGCCAAGGCAGACUAGAGCAGGACUAUGACUUGCCUUGAUCAGGACAGUAUACUUCUGUUGAUGCAGCCUAGAAUAGCAUUAGCUUUUUUUGCUGUUGCCUUACACAGUUGAUUCGUGUUAAGCUUGUGGUCUACUAAGACCCCUAAGUCCUUUUCACAUGUACUACUGGCAAUCCAGGUGUCCUCCAUCUUAUAUUUGUGCAGUUGGUUCUUCCUAUCUAAGUGCAGAACCUUACAUUGGUAUCUAUUGAAAUUCAUUUUGUUAGUUUGGGCCCAGUUCUUCACCCUGUUAAGGUCAUCUUGAAUCUCCUUAAUUAACAGGAGUGAAAAUUACAAUAUUUUUUCAGUUUUUCAGAUCUUUUGGUUGGCAUGCAAAGUGGGUUUUGCAGAUGAAAAUGGUGUGUGUGUGUGUGUGUGUGUGUGUAUAUACACACACACACACACACACACACACACAGAACUCUCCAACAUUGUGAAAUUGCUAUGAAUGUAGCAAGUUCUUCAGUAGGUCAUAAUAUCCAUUUUCCCAUGUGGUUCUUUCAUAGAGUCCAGCAAUUUCAAACAUUAGUGAGUCCCAACAAAAGACUGCUUCUGGCAUGAAUAUUGCUAAGAAUAAAAACUAUGGAGACAAUAGAAGUCAGCCUAUGGAGAUGAUUCCACAGAGAAUGUAUCAGCAAUCUAACAAAGGUACCCAACAUCAUCCCUUUCAUCAGAAGUAAGUAUUAUCCAUGGAAGUUGACUAUUAAAUGGGUCAUAAUGUGUUAACUAUUUGCUCAGUUCAGCAGAUCUCCAAAUCAUGGCCUAAAAGGCACAAAACAUAUCAAAUACUUUCAUGCUCUUUCUCAUGAAUUGGUAUGCUAUGGUUAGUGCUUGCUCUCACCAACCCAUAUUUGGAAAGUGGUUUUACAGUUCUGGUUUGGAGGGCAAGCACUACCCAUAGCUUGGCAACUCAGAUCUCACAGCAAAAUAUAUUGAGCAUUAAACUAUAAACUGGAAGUAAAGCUGUAUGUGAAGAGUGUGUGCAUGAGCCCAUGAUUUUGGCUAUUGGUAUCUGAAAGAGAGCCUAUUCUGACAGGCCAAAUAUAAAUGUUUUGACUAAGGUCCAAAGAACUACCUUAGGUAUGGCCAAGUGUUUACAUAUAUGCAAACAUUCUAUUUGACUAUUUUACCUAUAUUCCCAAGCAGAUCCUAUAAUUUUAACAUGUUCCUCCACUAAUGAUAUCACUACCAAAGUGGGAAACCUCUGUGCAUCAGCAUGUAUUAGUAGAAACUAGAUGAUUAAAGCACCUUACCAGCCACACUAGUACUCAACAGUUCAUUCUAGUGUGACUGAAUGUGCGACAACACACACACACACAUAUCCUAUGCAAAAAGUCUUUUGCUGGCCUGUAAACUGUAAAAUUCUAUUUGUUUGAUUAUAAUUUAGUGGCUGAUCUGUGAUUGGAAUAAUAAUAAAGACUGAAAUAUAUAUGCAAUAUAAAACAAUCAGCUCCAUGCCAUAUCAUAAGUUGUUUUGUAUGAAACUCACCUUAUUUUCUAAGUGGUUUACUAUGCAGCAUUGAGGGCUCUUUUUCAGAAACACACAUUCAAACUCUCUUGGGCUCAUAGAACUCGUUGUACAUUUCUUUGGAGUGUAGAUCAUUCCAGCUGAGUUCACUUAAACAUUUCCAUGUAAACGUGCCUAGGAUUAGUGUUAAAAGGCUCGUUAUAAAGCAACAUCCAUUGAAAUGGCUGCAUACUGAAAAAAGCCUUAUAAAUGUGAAAUACGGACUUGAGGACGUAUAGGGCAACACACAGGACAGUAUCCAAUUAUGUCUGUUAGCUUGUACAAUCGGACUUUUGGAUUCUCUUCUUGUUCCUCCAGUUCCAACUCACAUCCCCUCUGGAGCAUAUUUUGAAAACUUGUUUGCACGGGGGAUGUCUGUAGAAGAAGACUUGCACAAACAGAUACCCACUCACUAUGUUGGAUCUCACCCACAGAAUGUAACUUUAUUCUUCCCAUUUGUACCAAUUCAUUCUGUGCCUCCCUCAGAUCUGCAAACAGUUGUUUAGUGAAUUUAUAACCUGUUUUUAAAUGCUUUUUUUAAAAUAUCAAAAUUACAAGGAGUUAUUAUUAAAGACACAUUUAAUAAAACAGAAUUUUGCUUUCCCCUUAGCCAGCUAGAGCUGCAAACUAAAUAUUCUUGUGAAGAUAUAGUGAAUCCUCUGGAAAAAUCAGGACUCCCAGCAAAUAAGCAAUCUACUCAUGUAAGUCAAUUUGAUUCUCAAUUUAUUGUUUUAUCAGCUUGAUAAAACUAAGAUGGUUCUAAUUAAUUACUGUUGACUAGGCUAACAUCAUAAGAAAAUUCAAUUGCUGUCAUCCAAAUAAAUAUAUAAGGAACAAUGUGCAUUAAUGCAGCAGGUGUUGACGAUGGAAAUAAUAAGAGUCCUUUGUUAAUGUACUGUGUUUUGUAAUAUAGCAGCACUGCUCCUUUUCACCCAUUAAAAAGGCUGGAGAGCUACAAUCCCACAAACCACUCAUAGGCAGAGGAAAUAAAAAUGAUUACAGUGAUCAAGAAAACACAGAUGGGUAAGUUUUAAUCUCAGAGGUUCCAAAAUAUACUCUCUCAACUAUUCCAACUAUAACACAUUUUCACUGUAUGAUUAGCAACAAGGCCAGCUUCAGGUUGUGUGCCCUUGGGCAACUGAGUAUCAGUUGACUCCUUUGGCACCACCAAUUUUGCACCGUCCCUUCUUACUCUAACCACUCUCCUUCCCUCUUUGUCACUUCUCGCUCAUAACCAAAACAAGUCUUAUUCAACACAAUCUCCUAUUUUCAAAUAAAAAUAUACAUUUUUUCACAUUACUAAUUGCCUAUUUUUGCGCAGUGGUAGACUUUAUAGUCCACCUGUCUAAUUAAAGCUGUAAAAAUUAAAGCCUCUAUUGAAAGAUGCCAGCGUUUGUGCUACUGUCACAAUCUCAGCCACCAUCAAAUCAAAACCUCUCAGUUCCCAAUAGUUGCUAGCGACCAAUGCCAAUGAUAUGAAUCAUGUUGACUGCAGUUAUUCCCCACAUAGAGCAAUUGAAUUUUAAUUUGUAACAGACAUGACAAAGUUUGCAGAACUUAGUGUUUAUCUAUGGUCCUUCCUGAAGCACGUGAUCUUCAAUGUCAUGCUGAUGGAAACAAUAAUUUGCAAGUAGCAGCUAGUCACCACAUCACAAAUUACUCAUAGGAUUUUGCAAACUUGUAGACAGAUCAGCACAUCUAAAACACACAACAUAGCAAAUCCAGCCUUGGUGUUACAGAAAUACACUUUAGCUCAAACAAGCCAAACAAAUGUUUUCUCAGACUCUGACCAGAUACCAUAAUAAAAAAGGACAUAAGAAAAAGAAACUUCAAAAAGAAAACUGCAAUUUCCCUAAACAAAAUGGAGCACCAUCCCAACUAGGAAAGACUAAAAUGUUUAGAGUUUUUUAGUUUAGUAAAAGAGAAAACUAAGGGUAGAUGUGGUAGAGAAUUAUUAAAUUAUGGGUUUUAAAACUAUACAUGAUCCAGGUUUAUACUGUUGCAUUGCUUAUGUGCAGUUUCACUUUUCUUUAUAGCUUUGAUAACUGGGAAUGAUGAAUAGUGUUUUAAAGCGUAUCUGGAAUUGGUGCUUCAAUAACAUGUUUUUGUGAGGAGGUCUUUUGACGCAACAGUGCUGGCUUGCAAAAGGAGAGUUCUAGGGCUCAUGCUUAAAAUGUGAUUACAGAAUUAUGGAAGCAAGGGUGACAUUGCUAUGUCCUUUAUAUUGUGCUGAUCCUCUCUCUGACAUGCAUUGUGCUCAUAUUUUAUUUUUUACCCCAUAAGUAAUUUAAGCUAUUGGGAAAUGAGAUCUCCACCCCCAGCCAAUCCAUAUAAUACCAACAAUCAAGAAUCCAACGCGACUAUAUUGAAAGAACGAGGUACAGAAAGAUAAAUCAGCAAAAGUAUAUAAGUUUUAAAAAACCAGCAAAAUAAUUCUAAUAGAUAUCACCCACUAAUCCAUUUUUUCUGAUAUACAUUUUUCCAUAGGAAGCUUAACUUAUCCUUCAGAUCACAGGUUUCUUGAUGAGUUGAGGAAUCCUGCAAAGGAUCAUAUUAUUAUACAUCCUAGACUGAAAAUACAGUUAUCAAGUAGACAACUUUGUCCCUGUUCUUCCAGCAGGUUAGUAUGUACACUGCGAAACCUAAACUCUACACAUACCAAAUGUGCACCCUCACCAUGUUGAGGCACACAUCCUUGAUAUGUCUCAUAGGGUGCAAUCCUAAACCCAUUUACAUGGGACUAAGUCCCAUUGAAUUCAGUAGGAUUUAAUUUUGAGUAGACGAGUAGAAGACUGCAAUGUUAAGAACCUCUGUGCUGAUUGUUAACAUACAAUUAAGCAUCUCUCCUGUGUUAUCUGUUUCCAACAUAGAAAUAAAAAAAUGGAGCACAGGAAAACAAUAAAAGAAAAGCCAGACUGUGAAAGGUACAUCUUCUUAGAAGGAAAAGCGAUGGAUUUAGAUUUAUCAGGUACUUAAGUUUUGGUAAUAUUAACAAAAGGCCUCACAUUAUUUGGAAUUUAAGUGUGAACUACUAAGCAUCUCUAGUAAACAUUACAAUAAUCUGAUGUCAGUUAAAGUCAAUGGGUGUGAUUGAAUGUAGCAAGAGUGGCCUUCUGCUUGCACAGCAGGGCUCCUCCUUCCUUGUCACAGCUCCCCUCCCCCCCAAAAAAAACUGAUCUGGAGGGCUAGGAGAUCCUCAGAAGCAGAUUUUGGGGAGACACAGUGGUGCUAGAGCAGGGAAAAGAAAACUGCAAGUUCUGUAGUUUCCAGCAAAAAACAGCUGCUGUAGGCAGCAAAAAAAGAUGUGCUGGUGCCCCCGUAUUAAUGAGUACUGUCACACAAAAAAGCUCAAUAUAUGUACGUGUGUGUACAUAUGCAUACAGUGGUACCUCGGGUUACAGACUCUUCAGGUUUCAGACGCUUCGGGUUACAAACUCCACUAACCAGGAACUGCUUGCUCCAGGUUAAGAAAUUUCCCCCAGGAUAAGAACAGAAAUCGCGUGCCGGGGCGCAGUGGCAACAGGAGGCCCCAUAAGCGAAAGCACACUUCACCUUAAAAACUGUUGCAGGUUAAGGACGGACCUCUGGAACAAAUUAAGUUCUUAACUUGAGGUACCACUGUACAGCUUUAAGUAUAUGUAAGUAUUUAUAAAUAAAAAAUUUAUCAGGGCAAUGCACCUGUGCACUCCCAUUGUCCCAAUCAAAAGCAACCAUCUCAUUCAGGCAAAAGAAACCACAUGUUCAGCUAGAUGCAUUUUAAACUUCAACAGUGAGCUUCCUUGGUUGUCCAACUAAAAAGUUAUGGGAUUCUUAGUAACAUAAAGGUAAAGGGACCCCUGACCAUUAGGUUCAGUCGUGACCAACUCUGGGGUUGCAGCGCUCAUCUCGCUUUACUGGCCGAGGGAGCCGGUGUUUGUCCACAGACAGCUUCUGGGUCAUGUGGCCAGCAUGACUAAGCCGCUUCUGGCAAACCAGAGCAGCACACGGAAACACCGUUUACCUUCCCGCCGGAGCGGUACCUAUUUAUCUACUUGCACUUUGACGUGCUUUUGAACUGCUAGGUGGGCAGGAGCAGGGACCGAGCAACGGGCGCUCACCCCGUUGCGGGGAUUCGAACUGGCAACCUUCUGAUCAGCAAGUCCUAGGCUCUGUGGUUUAACCCACAGCACAACCCACGUCCUUUUUUAUUGUGCCUUGUAAGCUUCCUUGGGACUGUUUGUGGGUGAAAGGGAAGCUGCGAAUUCCAGGAAUACACAAUAAUUUUAUACAUACGUUAGUGUUUCAGUUGUUCCAAGAGACUUAACUGACAUGGCAGCAGUCAUCACAGAUUUUAAUGAAGUCAAGCAAGCCUUACAUUUCUAAGGCCAAUACAUUACAUAUGUAUUAAUAUGUUUGUUUAACUUGGGGUGUGGUGUUAGGUAGUGACACCGAAGACACUUCGUUCUCACACCUACUAGACAGUUCAAGCAGUGAAGUAUGUCUGGAAAAGAGUAUUAAAAGUCAUGGAUCAUGGACAAUGGGCCUACAAGAACAAAAUGAAGGUAGAAUAAUUUUUGUAAGGUAUUCUUUUGUAUAGUAUAUGGAAAAUUCUGGAUAUAAUUAACACACAAUUUUGAUCUUUAUAUGAAUUUAGCUGAAGACACCAAAGUGGUAUUAUCAUACUUCUGUGCCCAUUCCGCUUGUUGAAUCAAGAACAGCAAGCCUAAAUCAGCUGUACAAUCAAAUUAAUCUGCAUGAGAAUGCAGAUUACACACAAUGCAAAAAUAUACAAAUCACGGUUUUUGCAUAACUACAUCACAGUCUGAAUCACUCAAAAUCUGCAGUUUUCCUCUGGAAGAGAAAAUACCUAUUUUUGGUAGCUUCCACAAAAGUCUUCAGAACACUUAAGCUAUAUACAAAAACGCAGACUGACUCUGGGCUAAAUUGCUGUUUACUUUCUUUCACCUUCUUUUUAUUUCAACAGACUUCUCUCAAAGAGAUUGGAAAGGCAGUCAAAGAAAGAGUUAUAGUAAGGAAAGUGAUGAGUGUAAGAGUGGUAAAUCUUGAUUUACUGUACAGUUAAUAAUUAAGCAUAAACUAAUACCAAAAACAUUUCUUUCUUGAAAGGGAAAAACACAAUACACAUAAUCUCAGACAGUUUUUUAAACAAAAGUUAAAAGGAAUGACCCAUGCCCUUUCAAAAGCUGUGAUACUCAGUGGAGCCCCUUCACAUCCUGCUUUUUGCAUAUAGAAAAUGGCCUUAAUGGCCUUAGAAGCUUGUCACACCCUGUGUGACUCCUUUUCUAAGGUGUUAAUUAAAAAUAAAAGAGCAGUUAUACUUGUGGCUGAAACAUUUAAUCAUCAAUGCUUAAUAGUAGGCUGGAGCAGGGACCAGAUAAUGUAGUGAACUUGUUUAAUUGCAUUUCUUAAAAAUAUUUUUUCAAAUUUCUUUUAGCUAGUUCACAGAAGCAAAGCAUCAACCUUCAAAGGAUAUAUACAAAGAAACAACCAGAAGAGUUUAUAGAAAGGCUAUGUGACAGGUAACAUGCAUCAUCAGUUUUAAAACAGGAGUUGAGCCAAACCAAGUUACUUAUAACCCUAGCUUAUAAUUGUAAUUUUCAUGGGCAAGUUUGUUCUAUUUGCAGCAAUGCAUGCCAAUACUUUUAAGAUCACAACAAAAAAUGUAAUUUUUGAAUUCAGCCUUUGUGGUGCACUUGUGGGCUUAGUAGUAGUAUACUUAAUUUAGAACUAGCAAGCAGACACUAGCUGUUAAGCAUAGAAUGUAUUUUUGUGUAUCAAUAAGAUAUGCCUGUGAUUUCUUGUUAUGCUGUAGACAAAAUCUACAUAUUCCCCAAACUCGCUACUCGAGGAUGCAUGAUACUAUUAUCCUUUCACCACAAUACCUCACUAGUAGGAAUAUUUAUGGAAGGUCAGUAUGCGGUCUGAGAAACAGGCACAUCAAGGAGACACAUUCAAAGGUAAGGGGGAGCCUUGUAUCUACAGAAAAAGAAAUGAAGAAAUCUUUGAACAUUUUCCUUACAAUGAAACAAGUGAACUCCCCCCCCAGUCCAAUCAGUGAUGUUAAUUACAAGCAGGGUUUUUUCCCCCCUUAACAGAUAUUAAGCUCCACUUUGGAUGAUGUUAUACAGACUGCAAACAAUUUGAAGAAAACUACAGAACACAUGGUGCAAGUUGUUUCAGAAGAUUUAGCCAAGGCCAAAAUUCAGACCCUUUCCAGUCUUGCAGCUAGCCAAUACUAAAUCUGAAUGUGUUUUGAAAACUGACAGAACUGUAUUUGAAAGAGAGACUAUUGGAAUGUGUAAAGAAUGAAAAUGCACCAUUUCUCCCCUUAUUCUUCGUCUUAAAUAACCUAAAAUCUGUUACAUAAAAAAUAACAGAAAUUAUCAAGUUGUGAGUUAAUAAUAAAUAGGUUUUACAAAAUC